GAUUCGAUCCUCUUAAUCUAUCUGCGCCUGCUUCAUCUCCAAUUCCUCUCUCUUUCACCGUUUUCUUCUUCUUCUGCUUCUUCUUCUCUCGCAUUCGCAUGGAGAACGACACCGCCGCCGCCGCCGCUAACAAUAACACCGCCACUGCGAAAGUAGGUUCCGGAGGAGUGAAAUCGAACAAUCAUAACCUAGAGGAAGAGCAUUCCAAUUUGAAUGGCGAGGAGCACAUGGCAGAGCAAGUGGAGGCGGAAGAGGAAGAAGAUCGAGAAGCCGAUGUAGGUGAAGGAGAACCAACUGGAUCUGCGCCCAACCCUCGCCAACCUACGCGAACCCCGUUCACUAAUCUCAGCCAGGUCGAUGCUGACCUUGCUCUUGCUCGAACCCUCCAGGAACAGGAAAGGGCAUAUAUGAUGCUGAGAAUGAAUAAUGAUGGAAGUGAUUAUGGUAGUUGGGAAGGUGAAGGCUAUUUGCAUGAUGAUGGAGAUGAUUUUGAUGAUCUACACGAUGGUACUGACGUGGAUGAGGAUGAUGACGAUGAUGACGAGGAUGACGACGAAGAUGAUGAUAAUGAGGAGUAUGAAGAUGAAGAUGCAUUUGAUGUCCAUGCUAAUGCUGGAGAACAUGAUAAUCCCAGCAUUGAAUUUGACCCAGAUGUUUUUUCAAGCGAUGAAGCAUAUGCUAGAGCAUUACAGGAAGCUGAAGAGAGGGAGAUGGCAGCUAGAUUGUUGGCUUUUGCUGGGAUAAAUGAUCGGGAGGCAGAGGACGUAGAGGAACAUGGUGCUAAUUCUCAGGAUGCUUGGGAGGACGUUGACCCAGAUGAACUUUCAUACGAGGAAUUACUGGCAUUGGGUGAAGUAGUUGGAACUGAGAGCAGAGGUCUUUCAACCGAUACUAUUGCCGGUUUGCCUUCACUCAACUACAAGAUUGGGAGUGAUCAGCAUGGAAGCAAUGAUUCGUGCGUCAUUUGCCGGGUGGACUUUGAGGAUGGUGAGUCUUUAACACAUCUUUCCUGCAAACAUCUGUACCAUCCUGAGUGUAUCAACAAUUGGUUGAAAAUAAACAAGGUUUGCCCAGUCUGUAGUACCGAGGUAUCUGCUUCUGGGAGCAACUUGUAGGAGGAGAUUUGAUACAUGUUCUCCACUUAAAAUUGAAGAAAAGUUGUGCAAGUUGGGGCCUAAUAUUCCCUUAUUUUAAUAGCAUUGCCAUGUUGGGGGAGAUAGUCUUUAUUUCCAGCUCCUUCGUUUUAAAUGUAACAUGUAACUUUUGGAACCAGCUCUCUAGAGUCUAGAUUGACUUUUUUUAAUGGAAUGAAUGGCGUUAAAUUGGCCAGUUUUUUUA